AGGCUCAAUCUGAGCCUCCUCCGCCGCCGCGUGCACAUCCUGCCAGGCCAAACCCCACCUUCCCCGCGCGGAGCCUGGAGGGCGGCAGCCGAGCUCCGACCGUGCCUGGCCGAUGAGCAAGUAGCAGGGCGUGGGGAGGUGCCCGCUUGCCCGAGGAGGGAGCGGACCAGAAGCGGAACUCCGGCCUGGCAGAAGUAAGUGGCUCUGGGCGCUGGAGAUUUCCUGCAAUCCGAUUAGGAGUUGCUAAUUCCAGCCCCUCCCGCUGCUGGCAGCAGGGCCUCGGGAUCCCCCCCCCCCCGGCGCCGCCACCAGCCCUGCCCCGAACUUUCCGGCACCAGGCCAGGUAAGCGACGGGCCGGGGGGGAGAAUUUGGCGUCUCCAUUACUUGCAAGAACUUGGAGGAAGCCAGGGAGAUCUUACUUGCUUUUUAGUCCAGGGAGAAGAGUGGUUUUUUUUGGGGGGUGCUCCUUUUCUGUCCUUAGUUAAGGAAGAAUGUCUAGGGGAGCAGCGACCUUCUCUUAAAUGCUGUCUGGGGGGGGGGGAUACUCGAUCUACCUCAAAUCUCCGAUCCAGCAUUUUAUACCUUGUAUGUAUGGCUGGAAGCAGAUCUGGGUGGGCGCCAAUUUAUGUGUAACGCUCUGCACGGCCUGGGCUGGGCCAAGCCAGAAGGAACAAGCAGGAUCAGCCUGGGACUCUGGAAGGGGAAGGCGCAUUUGUUGGAGGAUCCCUUUAAAGCUAGCCAGCCCACUGGCUAAACUCCCUGGGGAUGCCCUCCCUACACCCCUUGCGCUUCUCCAGUAAGCUUGUGCAGUGAAAUGCCGGGUCUAGAGAGAAUGAUCAAACGCUGCUUAUCUCCUAUCUGAUUUUUCUCCUGGUGUACCUUCUUUUUUGGGAAUGAAGCCAAGCAACGGGAGGCGGCCUGGGAAGAGCAUCCUGUCUGUACCGAUAUAUUACUGAGCAAUUGGGAGAAUGAGCCUGUGCUUUGUAGCACAAAGCAGAAUUAUUAGCAUUCUGGGCUUAGUAGCUGGGUUCAUAUUCAGGACAGGGUCAUAGCAGGGAUAGUCAAUGUUGUGCCUCCCAUACGGACUGCAGCUCCUAAAACCCCUGACCAGUGACCAUGUUGGUUGGGGCUGAUGGGAGUUGGGAGUCCAACAUGAUCUGGAAGUAGGGCUGACCCAAGGUAUUUUGGCUCCUAAGGCAAGCCAGAAAAUGGCACCCCACUCCCUACCAGGGAAGAAGGGGUGUGUGGAGAUCUACAUCAGGAGCAAGGGGAGGAGUAAAUAUCUACAUUGGGACCUGCUGCUCCUGUGGAUUUGCCGCCCAAGGCAGUUGCUUCACCUUGCCUCAUGAGUGGACUGGCCCUGUCUGGAAGAUGUCAUGUCAAGACGCCUCCUUGUUAGUUCCUUGCUGUUUUUAAUUGAUGUUGUCUGUGCACUUCAGGAGGUGAAGCACUGCUGAGGUCUCUCUGGGACCGCCUCUCUAUAUUGCACAUAAGAGCACCCACGUUUUUCAUCUGUAUUGAUGAUAAAAACAUAAGAAGAGCCCUGCUGGAUUAAUCCCAAAGGCCCAUCUGGUCCACCAUCCCGUUCUCACAGUGGCCAACCAGAUGCCUGUGGGAAGCCCCUAAACUUCAAAUACUAAUUUGAAGCACUAAACUAGUAGUUGGAGACCUAAAAGUUUAAAGAAGUUAAUAGCUCUUGCUUUGUUUACUUAUUUCUACAAGCAGAGAGCCUUUCACUUCUAAAGCCAACCACUAGCCUCUAAUCUGGCCAGUUUAAGAUGUCCUAAUAGCCACUGUUGACUUAUGUCAUAGUUAUGUCCUAUAUAAACAACUAAAUACGUGCUUGAAGUAUCAGUGGAAAAAUCUCACUCUACUCCUUGGACUGUGCAUCUAGGCAUCCAAAACUGGCCACUUUUUAUGGACUUGGAGGCAGUGGUUGAUGACUAAUAGUUUCUCUUUGGUAGAUAGAGCCCAAGGCCAAGGUCCUCCACUGUUGUGUAGGAGCACACAUAGGAUGGCCAUGCUAAACUGUAGUCUGUUUUUUCUUACAGUCAAUACAGAUUCCCAGUAUCUGUUGGGUUUCCAUGGAGUUGUGCUGCUGACUCCUUCAGCCUGACCCAGCUAAACUAGCGUCUUCCUGCCCUACUUCUCAGGGCUGGAGUAUAGGACUACAGUUCCCAACAGACCCAGACAUGUUGGGAGUUGCAGUCCAAGAACAUCUACAUGUCACCAUAUUUGUUCCCCCCAUGGUCUCAUGUAGCUACUGCAUUCUACUGUGUUCCUCAUGGAUGCUUUUGUUCUCAUGCUGAGUGUUCUUCCCCCCCCCUUCACUUUUGUGGCUCUGGAACAUGAAGUACUUUGGGAUGGCUGGAUGCAGCUCAUGGCUGCUCUUUGAGCUCUGCUGGAUUUACUGUGGCAAUCUGGAGCUUUUCCUUUUCGCAUAUCUAGGAGGAAUAAACAUGGGGCUUACUGUACUUGCACUGAUAGGGUACCUCCAUAACAUUAAAAUGGAAGCUGCUGUGGAUUUUCCUCCUGCAGUGUAAGCCAAGCUUCCUCCUGACUUGCCAGUGUAAAUGACAGUCAUACACACUAGUUCAUUCAAUAGUCACUUUUCGCUCUUUACCAUGUUUUGACUAGGCUGCCACAUUUUGAUUUUUUUAUUGUCAUUCAUUGAAAGUUUUGUUUCCCCCUUAAUUUGUUGAAAGAUUUAAAAGGUUUGCAAAAUACACUUUGGGAAUUUGGAGGAUAGGGAGGAACUGGGGAAGCCAUCUUAUGCUGAGUCAAACCAUUGAUCCGUCUAGUUCAGAAUUGUCUACACUGAAGUGCAGCACUUCUCCGGGAUUUCAUAACAAGGAUAUUCCCAGUCCUACUAGGGAUGCUCGGGAUUGUACCUAGGGCCACCUGUUGAUGCUCUGCCGCUGAAACGUGGUUUGUUGUGCCAUAGACACCAGCCAAGCAGUGCUGUGCAGUCUGCUGCUGCUGCAAAAGUGUUGAAAUGGAUUUUUCUGAUCUUGGCACUGGAGAGAAAAAUGACUUUAAUAUAAUGGAAGGAGUGUACUUGCAAAACAAUCUGCUGCUGAAAUGCUUUGUCUGUAUGCACCCCUGAAGUGUUGGGGUGGAGGGAAAACCUUAUGUCAAUGGUAGCUUUGAUCAAGACCAGUCCUGUUUUGAUUUGGCUGCAGUUAUGGAGUCUUGAUUUAAAGUGAAGCAAUACACUCCAAGAAGCACUGGGUGGGUGCUUCAUACCACCGCCUUAUUCCAGAGGUGCCUUCUUCCAGAGGUUGUCCAGAGUUACUGGACAACAACUCCCAUCACUGGACAACAACUCCCAUCACCCCUGACCAUUGACCAGGCUGACUAGGGCCAACAGGAGUUGGAUUCCCAACAGCACCUGAGGGCACCACGUUGCCUAUCUCUGUCACUAGAAGAUCUAAUGCAAUCCAAUGAAUCUAUAUUAUUUGCCAAGGAAGCACAAGCACCCAAACUAAAUUAUGCAAAUUAUCUAACAGUCAGUAUAAGUUUAUUGUUCUAGCCAAAAGCUAUGACAAACCUGCAGCAUCAGUACCAGUAAAACAAUACAGAGCAUAUGUCCAUAAUAUGAGCCAGCACCCAUGAUGUAAGAGAGAGGUUGCCGGAAACAACAAACUUAAAUCCAGCUUGAUUUCAAAUCAAACCUUUGAAUCACCACAACAAUUUAUAGUGAUUUUAUCUAACUCCCCUUUCCUGUUUUUUUGGUUUUUUUAUUUGUAGCCAGUGCAUAGAGGGACACUCUGUGUUUUACAAAGCUAUUUUUGUUGCUCAAGGGAACCGGACCAUUUCUGCCAGGGUGUACCUGCUUGCUUGUGUUCAGGGGGUGCUAACUUGAAUAAAAUAUGGGGGGCAGGUAAGUCCCGCCCCGCAUAAUCAAUCACAUGACACAGCACACGAACACCAUUUGAAUGGCAAUGCCCAUCAACUGCGGGGGGGGGGGGACCUCAGCCCCAUCAAAUAUUUUAUUGGGGGGUUGAAGCCCCCUUGGCCUCUAGGAGUUGGCGCCUAUGCUUGUGUUUAUGAAAAUUAAUAAUAUCUGCAUAUAUUUCCAAAUUUAUUGUUCUUCCAGCAUUCAGGUUUCCGAUCUACUGGACCUUUCUCCUUUUAUUGAUUGGGGGGGGGCUGAGAGUUGGGCUGACUAAAACAGGCAUAGGCAAACUCGGCCCUCCAGAUGUUUUGGGACUACAACUCCCAUCAUCCCUAGCUAACAGGAGCAGUAGUCAGGGAUGAUGGGAAUUGUAGUCCCAAAACAUCUGGAAGGCCGAGUUUGCCUAUGCCUGGACUAAAAGCAUGUGGUAAAUGGAACCUGACUGGACACCAUCAGCACAUUCCUGCUUUCCUCUGCAAUUGUGAGGGCUUUUUAAAGAACAAGUGCUGUAUUGUAUGAGCUAGCUGAUAUCUACCAUGUGUACUAAAUCUGUAAUGUCCAUGUUAUCCCCAGUUGUGUGGGGUGCCAGCAAUCAGGACUGAGCCACUGGAAUGGACUGCUUGACUAUUGCUUUCCCCCUUCCCCUUAUAGGAUGCUCUGGUGGCAUUGUGACCGCCUUCUCCUUUGAGCGGUUCUGUGUAGAAGCCCUUGGCCCAGGGUGUUCGUGCUGCAAAGGAGCUGGGAAAGCAGGAAGCAAAGUGCUUCUUGCACUGCAGCAGGCGCCUGGUAUUAAUCCCGGAGGGUGGCAGGGAGCCAAGACCUUCCCAAAUACAGCAGAAUGGUGUAGUGACUGAAGAGCUGGAGGCCAUCACUCUGCCUGAGAAAAUGCAUUGUAUUCUAGCGGUUAGUUGCUAUGUCUUCAGUGCUAGAUAAUCUGGGAGCUGCCUGCUGACAUAGCUGAAAUAACUUGCAGAUCACUGGAUAUAGCUUACAGCUGUUGAUGUUUCUGUCUCAGUUUUUUAGGUGUAAGGACAGGCGGCAUUUCUCUUGGGGAGGAGUGGGAGGCAGGCAGCUUCUGCAUCUGCUUGGGCUGCUCUGUGUCACAGCUCCACACUCCCAUCAUUUUCUCCAUGGCCAUCUCUAGCUCAUGCACAAGAUUUUGCUAAAUGCCAGCUCAUGCAACCCAGCAAGUCCUCCAAGGGCUAAGAACUGUUUCUUGGACUGUACCACUUAGGCUGCAGGUGUCAGUCCUCCCUGCAGAUAUUAAAGCAUGUAAGAAAGGAAGCUGUGCUGAGUGGCAGGCAGUGUUUCACCUUGAGGAACAUCUUGAAUAUCCUUCCCUCCCUGGAUUGACUCUAGACAGAUUCUGCUUCCGAUGAAGGUCUCGGUGUUUGGACUUGAAUGUCAUAAAGAGGCCCGCAGCUCAGAAAUCUGCAGCCCAAUACAACCCUUCUCACAGAUCAGAGUCCUGGUAGCUGGUCAUUUUGGGCUGGCACAAGGGGAGAGGGAGAAAGCGAGGAACUCGGGACUUGACCCUGCUGCCAGUGCUGCAGAGGAACGCUGCCUCUGGGAAACUGCGCAGGACUCUCUCUGCACUGGGAAUUCAGAAGUACCAUUUUUAGUUUGCAUGUACAGCAGCAGGAAAUUGAAGUAGCAGGAAAUGUUUUCUUUCUGCAAAAUCAAAUGAUUGUGCCAGCUAUGUGAAACCCAUUUCAAAGCUGCAUGGUCAAGAGAGUGUGCUGAAAGGCUGAAGGGAGCGGCAGGGAAAAGAGGGUAUCCCUUUCCAUUUUGCAAAUGUUUAGAAGCUGAUUAAGCACUGGCUGAUCUGAUUGGCAGAGUGCCUGGUUUGGGGGAAUAUGGGAGACUGGGAAAGUGACUGAAUUAAACAAUCCAAAAUAGUAGCCGUAUGCUAGGACUUCAGAAAAGCAGGAAGGCCUUUUCUGGUUAUAGUAUAUAGACUAUAGCACUUGAUCUCUUGUGGGCAGUGGGGGGAAGUGUGACUUUGGGUUGUUGUUUUUUACAGAGGAUGGGGGUUUGUUUGUAGGGCCACUUUAAACCUUCUUAAUCGGAACUGAUCGUCCACACAAGGCAGUAUUUUGGAAACUUGGGGACUUAAAGGAAAAACAUAGAAUCGGCUGUUUGUUUAGUAAAACUGGGCAUCAAAUGAUGGGUUGGAUUUGGGAUCCUGCCCUUGUGGGUGCCUGCCCCUUGGUCUCUAACCCCUAUCCAGACAGUGCCUUGGGAAUGAGUCCAGUGAGUGUGUACAAGAUGCACGAAGGAGGAGAGAGGUGGCCCUAAAACAGGCAUAGGCAAACUCAGCCCUCCAGAUGUUUUGGGACUACAACUCCCAUCACCCCUGACCACUGGUCCUGUUAGCUAGGGAUGAUAGGAGUUGUAGUCCCAAAACAUCUGGAGGGCUGAGCUUGCCUAUGCCUGCCCUAAAGCAUCUCCUGUCAUCUUCUGCCUCCUUGCACUGACUUAAGAAGCAAACAUACGCUGAAAGACGCAUCGCAUCCAAGGGGAAAAGCCAUAGCUCAGUGGCGGAGUGCACACUUUGUGUGCAAAAGGUCCCAGCAUCAACGCCCAGCAUCUACAGGCAGAGCUAGGAAAGGCACAGUCACUGCCAGUCAUUGCUGGAUGAACUAAGGAUGUGAUUUGUUAUAAAGCAGCUUCCUGUUAUCCACAUUGCCUCUUCCUAUGGUUUUCCUGGAUGUCAGGCAAAAGACCAGAACACAGGUCUGCCAAGUUCACCCCUAGUGGCUGUACCACUUGUAAAACCCCAUGGCACCUGCCAGUAUAGCCAAAGCCAGGCAACAUUUGUGGUAAUGGCAAUAGGCAGCUGGCUGACAUUUUGUUAGGUUACUUAUACUUCCGUGAGAAAAUGAGGAAAGACACAUUCUCAUAAUACAGGAAUUGAUAGUGGAAAAUGUAAAACACGAGAAGUUACAUAUAUGGGUCUUUUACCUUACCACCAUGUUUGCAGACAAACUUUUUGUUGGUGAAACACUUGUGCCUUACAGCAAUAAUAGCUACUGAGUUGUGCUCUGGGAACCAACAGAAGCUAACUGUGCUAAUGUGCAAUUAAAAUGUGCUACCUGCAUCUAUAAAUACUGCCAGCAAUUGGUUGCUGAUAUGAUACCAGUGUUUCUAAGUACUGGCAGCAAUGUAACUGGGAGAGGCUCUAUAAGGAAGGUGAGCAGCUGUUUCAGCAGUCUGCCAUUAUAGCACCUGAAAAGUCUUAUUUGUCAUAAAAUCAAAACAGUUUGCACUAUCAGAACAGAAUUUGACCCGCAAGAGGGAGAAAUCUGACCUAAUGGCAAGAACCUAGCAUUCAUUAUUUCUUUUAACUUUGUGAGAUGUUGAAGUUUGUUUAAAGGUUGGAUAAAUAUUCCAGAGCUAUUUUUGUAUAACUUUGCAUUAGAGUUCAUCCUGGAGAAAUAUCCUCCCUAUUUAGCCAUUCUGAUACUGCAUAAUACAUUCUUAAAUUAAGACAGUUUACUCCUCCUCUGCUAACAGGCUUUUGUACAGUUGAGGUUUUUCUGUCUUUCUAGAGAAAUGCCAUUUUUGCCUACCCAAAGAAUGGCAUUUAUUUAUGAAGCUUUAUUAUUUAUGUUUCACCUGUUUAACAGAAUAUUGACCUAGAGACUAACAAUAAACAGAAAAUAAAUCAAAAUAUAAAUGAAGACAUAUUGAAAAUGCAUAUUGAAAAUGCACAUACCUAAUAAAUAAACAGCAGAAAAAAAGACAGCAGUAAUAUAUGCAAGCACUCAGAUAAAAGCAGCCAACUGAUAGACUGAAAUACAACUGAAAAGAAAAAGUUUUUGACUCCCAGACGAAUGCCAAGAGUGGGGAAUCCAGUGACUGAGAGUGGCCAUGAAAAAGCUCCUUUUUUUGUCUAUAUAUUGUGUCAAAAAUUCAAGGCUAUUGUGGAAAUCAAUUCUAGAUCCCAUUUUAAAGGAAUCAUUAAACUAAAAGGGAUGCAAUUUGUGUCUUGUUGGCCAGAUUGACCCUUCCCUAGCAGAACAGCUUCCUGACAGAAAAAUGGCUGCAGUCUAUGACAAUGUGCAUUUGUAGGAGGGAGAAAGGGAGCUGCACUACGUCUAUGUGUGGCAAGUGUUUUCAUGUGCUGCAACAUGCUACAAGUGCACUAUACACAAGGGUAAGUGUUAGUGUAUGGCGGCUAAGUCAUAAGCGAGCACAAUAUAUGAGACAGAAGGCGUUUUCCUGCUUGUGUGGCAGUGAGCUAAGGCCAGGUGUCGUAACUUAAUGCUUCCAAGCUUUUUAAUGCGUGAGUGAAUUUGUAUACACCUUAACUUUUCUCUUAAACAAAGAGGUGGGUGCUUUUUGUUUUGUUUUUGUUCCUUCAUACUUAACAAGUGUACGGGGCUGGAGUUAGUCUACUUUGACUUGCACUGUUGCAUAAUGUGUCUCUUUCUUCUCCCCCACCCUUUCCAAGCCACUACUUUUUGUCAGCUAAUAGCACAGGGUUUCCCUCCUACAUAUUGUUCUCAAAUAGUUUCCUGUGUGCUGGCUGUCGCAGUUGCUUAAGAUAACUUCAGCCAUCCGUUCUGAUAGGGGGCUGCCCACAGGGCCAUGAAAUGACAGGGAGUGGGGCCUGGCUCUGUCACAGGAUUGUUCCAGGAUCCUUUCCUGAAUUUUCAGUUUUAAAAGUGUCUGCCUGCUCCUUUCACUUUAGAUUGUGGUUUCUGUAAAGUUUACAGAAAUGUAAAGGGGAAACAUGCAGCGUUCUAUCCAAAAGAGCUCAAUAAGAAGAAAGCUUGCAUUUUCAAUGUUAUGACCCACAAAUGCAGCCUGGUAGCGUAACAACAAGCAUGUGGCGCUUGAUUUUAAUAAAACCAAAACAGAACACAAAUGUAUUAUUACAAUUAUUUCAUAAAUUAAGGGUUUCAUCCCAUACUUAUGCCCGCUGAGGGGACCUGGGAAGUGGCUUAAGUACCAUAUUGGGAGGUGAUCCAGUCACAAGCUUCCCAUCUCAUGUGCCUCAGUUUUUCUAUGUGCCAGACCUUGGUCCUGUGGCUGAGGCCAGCAUUAGGGACACCCUGUAUCUGAGGGGGACACACAUCCAUGUCAUAAUUGUCUAAGUGUGCUUUCUGUUAGCAGACUGACUUCUUUAGAAUAAUGAAACCACAGAUCAGGAAACGGUUGCUAUGAUGAAUAUGAAUGUGCCUGGUGAUUCCGUUUCACUCCGCCCUGCCCAGUGAGUCAGAGAAAGAGCGAGAGAAUGACUGCUCUGGUCUGCAUGGAAAUAUGCAUACCUUGUGGGGUGAGAAGUUGUGUGAACUUGUUUUUUGUGACUUUUACCCUGGUGUAAACUAGUUUUCUCUCUCAUGAUAGCUGCCAUGAAGUCCCAACAGUAUGCUAGAGGCAGUUAAACCUUGGUAAGAUAUUUGCUGACAUCGAAUAUAUUGCCCCAAAGCAUAGUUCUGAGGUAAAUUUGACUUUUGUCUUUCAGAACAAGCAGCCUAGAGGGGUAUGUAGAAUGCUUGAACUCAGCUGGGAGUAACUCUGUGACAAAUGUUGUUUUUGAGUGUGGAAAGUUCUGGUUUGUGAAGGGUGGCUUUGUUUGUCUUCCCAUAUAGGAAACUAUGUGUGUCAAAUGCAUGUACAUCGAGGAUCUAUUUCACUAUGUGAAUGGAAGGCGGAGCCGGUGGUGGAUUCCUGUAGCAUGUAGAUGUACAGAUAUAUGUGCACACAGUGAAAUGGGCACAUCUUCAUGUGGGUUGCAAAAUACUGUAAUUUCCACACAGGCAGUAGUGAAUCUCUACCAUUUACACAGGGACCCUGUGGCCCUCCCAAUGAUCUUGUACUCCAGCUCCAAUCAUACCUGACAAUUGGUUAUGCUGGCUGAGGCUGAUGGAUCUUUUUGCAUUAGAAGAAAAAGCGUUUUUAAAAAAUACAUUGUCCCAGAAUGCUAGCUGAAUAAUGAUGACAGCAUCACCUGGAAAAAAUACAGCAACUAUGCCACUAUCAAUGAUAAUGCUCCCAGUUGCUGGACAUCGCAAGGGGGAGAGCGCUGUUACACACAUGUCCUGCUUGUUAGCUUCGCAUAGCUGUUUCUCACCACAAGAACACAAUGCUGGGGUGGAUGGGCCACUGGCCCGAUCCAGCAGGACUGUGAACCGCCCUGAGACCUCCAGGUAUAGGGCAGUAUAUAAAUUCAAAUAAUAAUAUGUUGAGUGCAAUGUUUCUCAAACUUGGGUCCUUUGCUGUUGUUGGACUACAAUUCCCAUCGCCCCUAGCAAGCCAGGACCAGUAGUCAGCAAUGAUGGGAGUUGUAGUCCAACAACAGCUGGGGACCCAAGUUUGAGAAACACUGGUUAAGUGGGAUUUUGUGACUCGAGUAUCUAUUACAUUUUCUUUCUUUCUUUCUUUCUUUCUUUCUUUCUUUCUUUCUUUCUUUCUUUCUUUCUCCCUCCUAGGGUGUCUUUAUCUUCUAAAGUCUGCCAAAAAAACCCCAAAAAAACCAAACUGAAACAUAACCCAGGAAAUUUGGAAGUCAGGAUGAUGUAAAUAUUUUCAUGCAUAUACAAACACAUCUGUUUUGCAUGGUAUUUCACUAACACUUGGUUACCAAAGAGUGCUUGCAUUUCUCUGUAGUCUUUUCAGGCUUCUGAGUUAGAUGUCUGAGUGUGGGGUGACUGGUGGCACUCUUCCCAAAACGCUCAUCUUGUCAGAUGAGCUCUAUUUGCUUCUUUGGUUCUCUCACUCCUGCCAGAGCUGGGGCUUCUGGGAUUUCUUUUUGCUGGGUCUGCAGGCAUUAUUGUCUCUGGCCUACAGCUGUGCGCAGCUGGAAGUCAUCUUCUUGUGGGCUGCCCAGAAUGUCCUAACCUGAUCUGUGCUCAGCCAAGGGUGCCCCCGGGCUGUGGUGAGAGCCAUUUGCUGUGUUGCAUGGCCUGCAAGCCAGUGUGGUGCAUUUGUCUUCGCAUGUGUGGAGGAGCCCAGGUGCAAAUCACAACUUGGCCUCCAAGCUGGCAGAAGGCAUGAAAGUGGAUGACCUAUUUCUUGGGUUGUUGUGAAGGAAUAUUGAGAGGACUCUUUCUGUGUGUGAUCCUGAGCUCCUUGUUGAAACAGUGGGGUAUAUAAAUGGCUGGGAGUAUCUUUGACAAAUACACCCAACUACAUAGUUCAACCAACGGACAAAUAUUGUUCACAAGAGCAUGAAGGCUUAUUCAGUCAAUGCAUUGCCACCUGUAGUCUGGAAGAAUAUCUCCGAUUUGGUGAUUUGCCCUCCCCAGUAUGCAGAACAAAAUGGAGACCCCCCCCCCCCCGCCGCCAGAAGACAGUACUACUGUUUUGGUUUUUCCUGAUUAGCCAUGAGGAUUAGGACUGUUUUAAACUGUUUUUCAGUCUUUGGCUUGUUUUUUUCCAAACUAUAUCUUAUAAAUAGAUAUUGCACUUCCUUGUUUUACCUGAAACGCAAGACAGGAAUUUUAAAAUCUAUAAUCAUAGAAACAUAGAUGCACAUGCUGGAUACCCUUAAUCAGCUUCAGUAAUCUGUGUCUCAUCUCACAGUGGAUUUUUAUUUUGGAUUUUAGGAGUGUUGCUGAGGUAUCCGUUGCCCGCGCCCUGCUUGCUGUGCCAUGAUGCCUUUUGGAGGAAUGGCUGCCAAACUAGAAUGGAACCGUUUGCGAGCUGAGGGUGUGGGCCAGCACAACAAUGCUGUUAAGUUCCUCGGCCAAGAUUAUGAGACCCUGAAGCAGCAAUGUCUGGAGAGUGGCACAUUGUUUGAGGACCCGCAGUUUCCUGCCAUCCCCUCAGUCCUUGGAUUCAAGGAACUGGGGCCAAAUUCUUCCAAAACCCGCGGAGUUCGCUGGAUGCGUCCUUCGGUGAGUAUCUGCUUGAAGGGACCCUCGGAGGACCACUUUGACCUGCUGUUCUGCAUUCUGUUAGCAGCUUUUAUUAAAAGCCUCUUUGUUCAUGGAUCCAACUCUAGCAUUUAUUAUCAUUAUUAUUUGCUUCUGGUGGCCUCUAUCCAUCUUCUAAUUAGUCCCGCUUUUCUCAUUUGGACCUCUUGCUUUGCCCCUUCAAUAAAUUUUAGUUGAGUCUGGGAUCCAGCCCAACUUUAAAUGCAUCUGAGCUUGCAGAAGACCGCCUAGUCUGCAAAAGGGGUGGAGAAAUGCCAGACAACCAAUUUCCACACUUGAAUAUUCACUACAAUAGAACUCUCUAGAGUUCCCAGCAGCUUCCUGUGUAUCUAUGGCACAGGCCCAUGUUUUGGAGCCAUUAUUUAGUUGAAUAGGAUUAUCCAUUUUGCUUCAAGGUUUGGGGUAUGUAGCAACAUUUAUAUGCAAAGUCUCCCUCUAAGCUUUGGUAUGGCCUGGUUCUUGGUGAGGAAAAAGUAGACUGUAAUAGGGCAUAGGAAGAAAUCCUUUGAUACAAGCAUAUGAGAUCUGCACAAGCUGGUGCAAACCAAAUCAUAGAUGAUGAUAUCCAGUCAGCUGUGGACUCACAGCCUUAAACAAACUGCUGUCUCACAUUCCCCAUCUAUUAUAAGGUGACAAAAAUGCUGGCCUGCAUACUGUAUUUUUGUGUGUAUAAGAUGCCCCCAAGAUGACUCCUAUUUUUUGGAACCCAAAAUUUAGAAAUUGGGCCAGAGCCUGAACCCAAGCCUGGGCCAUGAGAGCCAGAGCCCAAACCCUGCCCAGACCAUCUGCACCAGAGUCCGAGCUUGAACCCGAGUCCAGGCAGCCUGCACUCAACCCUGAACCCCUGUACAUUCACCAUCUGGGUAUAAGACAGCCCCCAAUUUUUGACUAAAAGUUUUAAGCAAAAAUUGUCUUAUACAUUGAAAAAUACGGUAUUUAUUGUAAACUUGGUACAGUCCUUAUGUUGAUAGACUAUUGUUUCCAUCAUCUCUGACCAUUGGUCAUGCUGGCUGGAACUGAUGGGAAUUGUAGCAUCUGGAGGGCCACAGGUUAGCCAGCUCUCUCUCCCCCUCUCCCCAACCCCGAAUGGAUAGAUGAGAGUGUAUUCAACUAAGUCUUUUUCAGAGUACAAAUUAAUGAACAUGAUUAUGUUGGGUCCAUUGAUUUCAAUGGGUCUACCCUGAGUAAAGCUUGUUUGAGAUUAUAGGUGGUAUUCAACAAGAAGAAAACAUUGUCUGCUCACAUUAAUCUUUUUAAGACAAUGAAUCCUGACUUAAACAUGUAUAUUAAUAUAAGCAAUCCACAUGUCUACUUGUUCACAUGUAGAAAGAACAAUGAGAUAUUCAGGAUGAGUGGUGGGUGUUUAUGCUUCCAGCCUUGAAGUAUAAACCUCCUUGCAGCCAUAAGGUUUUGCAGGUUCUGCUUCCGUUGCCCAUCUGUUAAUCCCCACACCACAGAAAUAUAAUUUUAAAAUGUGUGAACACUUGCAAAUAUCAAGGAUUUCCCCGAAACGAAAGUUAAAACUAAUGAUUUCUGGUCAGAAAAUAGAGCACCACAAAGCACAGUCAUAGUGUAUGGCUCAAAAAUGUAUUAUCAGCAUUAGAUUGCCAGCAUCUGCCUGAACUGGCCACCUGUGCUUUAAAUGGUCUGGGCGAUAGCAGCUGCCUGGCUCAACUGAACUCUGAUGCCAACCAUUCAUUACUGUACUUCAGUGCCAAACUGAACCAGGAGAUGUUCCAACAUAGAGUCUCCCUUUAACACCAGAAGCUUUCACAAGUAACAGAAUACUUCAUUGAAUGUGUUAGAUUUGGUUUCUAGAUUCUGCUGGUUUUUGUUUUUGUAAAAAAAAAACAAAAACAACCCACUCUCCUUUUUUCUUAUGGCACUUCAACUUUUUAUGUAAAGCACUGCAAAAAUAGCUCCUCAACAAAGAACUUGUGCAUUGUAUUCAUUUCUCACAUGCACAGUAAAAUAAAGGAAAAGAAAGUUGCAAGAAUCCGAAGAUUUGUGUGUGUGUUCUUAAACUCUCCAGAAUACAUUUAGACCAACCCAUAACCCAAGAAACCAGAGCAGGGAGGUCAGAGAGAGCAGGAGAUACUAAAAAGAAGAGCAGCACUGAAGUGGGAGAAAGGAACACAAUAUGGAUCUGAGCCAUAACAGUCUUUGCCUGUCUCCGUUUAAGGACGUUGCAUUCAUGUUGUGUAUUCAGUGCUCCCACUAUGUGUGUACGAGUAUUCUGAAGAACCCAGCCACAGUUUAUAUUCCAUUUUUCUUUCCUCUUUGCAGGAAAUUGUGGAUGACCCUCAGUUUAUCGUUGGAGGUGCUACAAGGACAGAUAUCUGCCAGGGGGCUCUGGGUGAGUAAUGUGUGUUUAUCCCUUGGAUUGAGAGGGGAGCUGGAGGCACCAUAAAUGAAUCUUAAGAGCAAGAAAGGAUAUUCCAAGUUUUCUGGUGAUUUCAGAUGAUGAGGAAUUUGCUGAUACGGAAAACCUAGAGAAGAAAUAAGGAUAUUAGGAAUCCAGGUCCACUGGGAAACUGAGGCUGCAUUCAGACAGCACUUCAUUCCUUCGCCCUCGUCGUCGUCCCCCCCCCCCCCCGGGCAAAGUUUAUGUGAUCUUUCACAUAACAUAAAAGCCACUUCUGGAAGUGCAGUGGAAGUUUAGUGGUCAUUCCCCUAUUAAUUGCUUCCAGGGAAAAUCUGUUUGCAACACCAUUAACUGGGGGGGGGGAAAUUGGAGGAUGAAAUUUGGGGUGGUAUGCCAACAUAACUACUCUUUCCUGCCAUUUUCGUGGGGGAAUCGUAGCACACAUGAGCAUAAAGGGUGGGAUUGUGGGAACAUGUCUGCUGUCUGCUUUUGUGUACCACUAUGCUUAUGGGAGUGAGUGGAAUUUAGUGUGACCUGGCAGUCAGUCAAAAAGCCACUGUUCCAUAAUUCAGCUAGCAAUGCAGUGUAAAAGGAAUGUCAGAAACUGGGACAAAAGUGUAACCAGGAAAACUGGUUCAGCAAUCCCCACAUCUGAAUGCAGCCUGAGUUGACAUCUGUUUCCUUAUUUAUCAGGUGACUGCUGGUUGCUAGCUGCUAUUGGUUCCUUGACUCUCAAUGAGGAACUUUUGCACAGGGUUGUACCCCAUGGACAAAGCUUUCAGGAGGACUAUGCGGGCAUCUUUCACUUCCAGGUAAGGCUCAUCUUCCCCACAGAAAGUGCUUCAAAGGAAAGCCUGUCUCACAGGUGGAUGGGACCCUAAGCUAUAGAAAACGUAAAGCUGCAAACAGAGGAAGCCUUGGCUAAGAAGUGGAGUUAUUCCUGAAGGGGAUAGUUGCCCUGUUCAAACCUAAUGUCUACUGUCCCAUUACCUCAACCCAAUCAGCAAAGCUCAUAGCUCAGUGGUAGAGUACAUGCUUUGGAUGCAAACCAUCAUCAGUUCAAGCCCUGGCAUCUCCAGGUAGAGCUGGGGAAGAACAUCUAAGACCUUGGAAAGCCACUGCCAGGCAAUAUAUAUUUUACUAAGGUGGUGUAGUCCUCUUCCAGUUUAGUGGUGGAGCCUAUUGAGCCUGAGCACCAUUCUCAAUGCUGCAGUACCCAAGGUGCAGGCUUCUUCAGGAGGAAGAGCAGGAUAUAAAUGGAGUUGUUGUUCUUGUUAUUAUUAUUAUUAUUAUUAAUAGAUGGAGUGAUGGACCAUCUUGCUAUGUUACUCUGCCUUACCUCAUUAUUAUUCUCCGACUUCUUAUUCUUCAGAUCUGGCAGUUUGGUGAAUGGGUGGAUGUAGUGAUUGACGAUCGGCUGCCAACCAAGGAUGGAGAGCUAGUGUUUGUGCACUCAGCAGAGUGCCAGGAGUUCUGGAGUGCUCUGCUGGAAAAAGCUUAUGCCAAGUGAGUGCUGCCUCAGCACAGGUUAUGCCCUUUUGUGUGUUUUUUCCUAGCAAGCCCUGGUUUGGAUUUGUUUCCGUUGUUCUUCAACUCACCACCCUCUGUAACUGGGCCUUCCGGUUUCCAGGAGGCCAGGUUUAAGGCUAGCCUACUAACCGCCAAUUCUCUUUGCCAUACAGGCUGAACGGCUCUUAUGAGGCCCUGUCGGGGGGCAGCACCACAGAGGGCUUUGAGGACUUCACAGGUGGCGUGGCAGAGAUGUACGAUCUCAAGAAGCCGCCUCGCGACUUGUGCAGGAUCAUUUCCAAGGCUCUUGAGAGGGGAUCCCUGCUUGGCUGCUCCAUUGAUGUAAGCAGUGCCCCAAAGAGGGAGCUUGUGGGAUGUUCCAGAUGUGGAAUCAAAGUGGGGCAGCAGAGGGAGAUCUGGCUUCCCUAAUCUGGAUCUGAUAUUUGUUCUGAGGCCAGGGAUUCGGUCAAUGGAAACCUGUCAGAAUAGAACAGUAGAAUAGACCCAAAUGUUAACUCAAGUCUCUGUUUGGCUGUGAAGUUCCAUUUCACAUGUUCAUCUGUAGCAAGAGACACUUGGUUGGUGCCCCCUUGUGUUAGGAAAGUGUACGGACAACCACCCUGUUUCAGGCAAAUACAGUACAGUUCAGGUUGCCAUUUUCUUUUAGUCUUUAGUUGAGUUCUUUUAAAAGUUAGAAAACAAUGACGUGAAAAACAGGGGCAUAUGAAUAGUCUUGUUAUGUGCAAAUUAGUCAGCUGCUGGUCUGAGAUCCAUUCUUGACUGAGCAUUGUCUGGGAUGUUUGCCAAACACACAUCUUUUAAUUACUCCUAUGUUUUUAAAAUGCGAGGAGAGAAAAACAACAUUGGUGACCACACACAAGUGCACACCAGUCUAAGCAAGAGAAAUGGAAUGGUGCCAAGUUGUGAAGGAGGAAUGCCUCUGAGCCAAGCAUCCUACGCAACAGCUUUUCCUUUCUCCAUACCCACUCUUAUUGCCCUGCAUGCCUGCUCACACAUUGUCCACAGGGUGACCUUCUAUAAAUGUCCAUUUGUGAGUUGUAAUAAGUCAUCCCCCCUCACACGCCCUACUGUUGUGGAGAAAAGCAGUGCCAAGUAAGCCAGAAAAAUGAAUGAGGGCUACAUUCCAUAUAUAUAUACACACUAUGAUCUAGUGGGCCAGAACUAAUCUGUACAUUAUCAGAGCAUUUACUUUUCACUGUUUGUGUAUUCUGAAUAAUACAAGUGGCCAGUUGGUGAAUAGCUUGCAGCUAAUCUAUGGAAUAGCUUUGUGUUGUAAAAUGGGGAUGGGUGAAGCUGCGGCCCUCCAGAUAAUGUUGAUUUCCAGUUCCCAUCAGGCCAGCCAGUGUGGCCAGUGAUGAUUGGAGUUGUAGUCCUAACAAGAACUGGGGGGCUGGAGGUUCCCCAUCCCUGCUAUAGAAUGUUGCCUUCAAAUGUGAAGAGCUGGUCUUCUCUUGUUGAAAAAGUAAAGAAAUCGACCUGGAUGUCGUCAGCACUCCCAGUGAUGUUUCACCCAUAGUUCUCUGUCAAGUUUCCAAAUAACAGUUUUCCAGAAGUCAAAGCCUACACCCACUAAAGGGCCCAUUUCCUAUGGAACCUAUGGAAACUGAGCACCUCUUGAUGUAGAUGCUGUAAUGCCCACAGUGUUACUGCAUGACUUUUGCAUCCUUCUGAAAUGAACAGGCUUGUAAGAGUUCACAGCCUCUUCAACAUUGUGAAUGAACUUUUGCCUGAGGCAACUAGGAUAUACAGGAACCAACACCAAGCUAUGAACUGCUGCUGGUACAUUGUGUUUAGCAGCCAUUUUAGUCUGUUGCCUUUUGGAGAGAGGGGAGGGUUAAGCCUUUUGACCAGUGCCAUAUAUCCUCUUUCUACAGAUCACAAGUGCAUUUGACAUGGAAGCCAUUACCUUCAAGAAACUGGUGAAGGGCCAUGCCUAUAGCGUCACAGGAUUGAAGAAUGUGAGUUUCUCUUCAGGGGGCUGUGGAGACCAAUUCAAGGGCUUUAGCCAUGUGUGUCGGUUGUCUUAAUACCUUAACUUUGACAGGUGGACUAUCGUGGCCGGCAGGAAGCGCUCAUUCGGAUAAGGAAUCCCUGGGGUCAAGUGGAGUGGACUGGAGCCUGGAGUGAUAGGUGGGUUGGACGUGUUCCUGCAGUGACAUUAGUAGAUGUCGUGCCCAACUGUGACAUCUGAUAGCGAUCCCAUUUAGGAUGCAUCCGGGUGACACUUAAAAAAAUGUUUCGCAAAUGCAUGUGCCAUCACUUGAACAUCAGGUGAUGAUCUGCAUGUGCAAUUAAGCCAUCACAGGUAGAAUUUCCAUCUCCUUUCUAACGCAGUGCUUUUUGAUCUAAUUAGCCAUCUAAUUAGAUUUUAAUUUGAUCCUGACUUGUUUUUAGGAGGUAAUUUGAUUAUUGUUUGAUUUUAUACCAGUGUUAUAUAUUUGAUGUUAGCCACCCUGAGCCCAGGGAAGGCGGGAUACAAAUAAAAGUUUAUUAUUAUUAUUAUUAUUAUUAUUAUUAUUAUUAUUGAAUCUGUUCAUCCAUGAGCUGGAAUGAAACAUCAGGUUAGGGUCAUGGGUAGCUGCCUAAUAGAGUCAGAUCAAUGGACUGUUUAACUUAGAAUUGUCUUCACUGACUGGAAGCAGCUCUCCAGGGUUUCAGACAGGAGGGAGAAUUGAACGUGGGACUUUUUGAAUGCAAAGCAUGGGCUCUACCACAGCCCUUUCCUGCUACCAGAUAAAAAUGGAAGGAGCAACAUGUCACUAAAAUUCUACUCAAUACUGAUCCCGAGUAGAUUCCAAUGUAUAGUUAAAAACUUAACACGUUGCAGGAUUCUCAAAAAAUAGACCAGAGGCAAUUUUAUUUCAUCCAGCAUUUGCUACUUGAAGGCAAAUGAGCAUAAUGGUCACAAAUCCAGUACGUUCAGGAUUGGCACUGUCCAUAAGAAAUCCAGUUGCAGCAGACUUAACUUAAACUUACAAUAACUUAUAAUAAGUCUAAACCUUAACACUGAGCACACUGUGUACAGAACACCACACCAGAAGGAAAAGAGACAGAAAGAGUACUUGAAACCCAGGCUCCUUCUGGCCUCUUAUUAUAGCCAGCAUGACCCUGAAGAAGAGAUAACAGAACCAGUUUAAACCAGCUGUGCUCGACUUCUCUGAAGGAAUAACCCAAACAUCAUGAACCUUCUGCUUGUUUCUUUCACACAGAGAAGCUUCAAGAACCCUCUUGAAUUAAUUAUAAUAGGAAAUAUCUCCACACAUCAGAUCAAUACUUUCUGUACUAAGAAAUGCAAACUGACACAACAUGAGGAGGACGCACAGCAUAACUAUCUUUCUGUUGCUAUCUUAGCUCUUCUGAGUGGAACGAAGUGGACCCCGAUCAGAGGGAAGAACUGCAGCUGAGAAUGGAAGAUGGUGAAUUCUGGUGAGUCCUGAGACUUGUGGCACUGUUUGUUCCUGGUGUGUACACACAGAGAGGCAUGCAGAUACCCCCAAUAAUUCCUAAUUCUGCAGUGGGAUAUGCAGAAGUGUUUGAUGCCAAUUAAUUUCCUCUUUAAAACAAAACAAAACAACAGAACAAAACACCCAUAGCUCCUUUCUGUUUGUACCCCAAAGCUGUUUAAAGAGUAGGUGUGGAAAGUGUUUUCUUUUGGCUUCAAGGAUCUUUAAGCAUUCGAGCAGCGUUGCGCUUGCCCUGCCUGAUUCUCCUCUCUGCCCUGUGACUUCAACAUAUCUUUUUGUCCCUGAAGGAUGUCUUUUCGAGACUUUCUACGUGAGUUUUCCAGGCUGGAGAUCUGCAACCUCACCCCCGACGCUCUGACCAAGGAUGACAUGAGCAGAUGGCAUACCACCCUCUUUGAGGGCACCUGGCGCCGAGGCAGUACAGCAGGAGGCUGCAGGAACCACCCAGGUAACAGCUGCUGCCUAUUCUUUGUCCGCCCUCUUUGGUGCUGAUGGACUAGUAAAGUGACUCCCACAUUCUGCAGAGGUGUGAUAUAUAAAUUCAUCAUCCUGGAGCCUCUGCUUGAGCCAUGAUUUGUAGCCUGAUGUCCUCCUCUCUGGAUGCCUUAGUUGUGGAAAACUACCUUGGGUUACCACUGUAGUUUCUUAAAAAAAGAAAUAGAUGAGGAAAGAUAGGAAGAAGUAGGAAAUCAAGAUGAAUACUGGUUGCUUUCAAAUCUUGAAAACCUUGUAGUAUAUUGUGAGGCUAGUUAUUUGACCAGUCAGAGGCUUUUAUUGACUCGUAGCAAACUCAAACAGUUAAUCUAGGUAUACAGUCACUACACACCAGUACAAAACAAACACAAGAUUGUGCACCAUCUUCCCUCCCCCCUUGCAGCUACAUUCUGGAUUAACCCCCAGUUCAAAAUCAAGCUCUUGGAAGAGGAUGAUGACCCAGACGACAAUGAAUUGGCUUGCAGCUUCUUAGUGGCCUUGAUGCAAAAGCACCGGCGGAAAGCACGUAAAGCUGGGGAAGACAUGCACACCAUUGGCUUUGCAGUCUAUGAGGUAACCCCACGUGGCUUCCUGGUGUGCCCUUUUGAGCAUCAUCACUUAAUAGGAGCGCAUUCCUAACCUUUGCCUGCUUUCUCUCUCUGUGCAGGUUCCUGAGGAGGUAUGCCCUGAGCCAACGAAACCCCAUUACUGAAUUGUGUGCGAGAAUGAAAUGGGUUGAGGCCACAGAGUGCUGUUCCCUAUUCUGGAUGGAAUCUGAAACGUGUACCUUCCUCCUGCUUGAUGCAAACAGAGACCCAUAAUGUUGUGCACAGCUCUUUGAUGGCUGCAGACCAAAUGGUCCAGGCUGUAUAGGUUCUAAGCUAGAAAGGGGGGGUCCAAUUCUGCACUGGAUGCAUCAACAAAUUAAGCAAAAUCAGUAAAUGUGCGGUGGUUGCAUGAUUUUAGAUGGGUUUGCCAGAUGCCUUCACGAGACUUUAAAGUGGGAUUGUAGUGCUUUAAAUGCAUGGUGUGAGUGUAUGUUUCUAGAUACACAUGUGAUGCCUAGGCCGUUGUCAUCAGAUGAAGGAGGGGGCUGCCCCUUUGCCGCCCUGUAUAAUAUACCUGAACUGUUUCCUGUCCCAGAACCAGGGCUGCCAGAGUAUUCACCUGAAGAAGGAAUUCUUCCUGAGGAACCAGUCUCGGGCACGCUCAGAGACCUUUAUCAACCUGCGGGAGGUGAGCAACCACAUCCGCCUGCCCCCAGGCGAAUACAUCAUCGUGCCCUCCACCUUUGAGCCUCACCAGGAAGCAGACUUCAUCCUGCGCGUCUUCACGGAGAAGCAGUCAGACACAGAGUGAGUCCAUGCCUUCGGUGUGAGCUACUAUCAUCUCCUAGGUCUUUGUAAGGGGUGUAUGAGCUUUCCUCCAGACUCAGCUGCGUUUCUGUAAAUUAGCUUGGAUGCCAGUUGACUUUUGGGGGGUUAAGAAAAGGAAGGCACUGAGCAGCAGAAUAUAUUCAUCUGAGCUCUAGAUGUUGGACAAAAGACUCAAAAGCUGGUUGAGGAAUAGACCCUACUUGUAUUCCACCCAAUGUCUUUAUCCUCACAGUGGCUUUCCAUGUUUUGCUGCCUGAGUGAGCUGCACAGCAAACUUCCAGAUACAGUGGUACCUCGGGUUACAUACGCUUCAGGUUACAGACUCCGCUAACCCAGAAAUAGUACCUCGGGUUAAGAACUUUGCUUCAGGAUGAGAACAGAAAUCGUGCUCCGGUGGCGCGGCAGCAGCAGGAGGCCCCAUUAGCUAAAGUGGUGCUUCAGGUUAAGAACAGUUUCAGGUUAAGAACGGACCUCCGGAACGAAUUAAGUACUUAACCCGAGGUACUGCUCUCUUGAAUGGGGACAGUCAAAGUGGAGAUGUGUCCUAUCAUAUCUCUUGCCCUUCUGCCAGGCCCUCCUCCAUCUUCUCAGACCUAGAGGCUUUCCUAACAGUGUUCUUUCUUCUCCAGGGAGCUAGAUGAGGAGAUCAGCGCAGAUCUGCCUGAUGAGGUAACACUCCAACCCAAAACAGGCAGUUUUAAGUGUCAAACCUCCCUCUUUUUUAAUUCGUGUGUGUGUGUGUGUGUGUGUGUGUGUGUUUGUUUGUUUUCUGCACAUUUCACUGUAUUUGGGUCUUAAAGCAGUUUACAAAAAGUGAAAACAAUACAGUGUACAAAAUUUAAAACAUCAAAGGUGAUAAUACCAAAACAAGUAUUCAUGGUCAAAUGCCUCCUGGAACAAAAUGGUUCUCACCAAGUGUGGGAAGCUUAGCAGAAACAAUGCCUGUAUGAUUUCUAGUGCAAGGGAGUUCCAUAGAGUUGGCUCGCUACAUUCAAGGCACGACUCCAGUGUUGGAUUAGGAGCUGGGAGAGCAGUGUUCGAAUUCCCACUUGGCCGUGAAACUCACUGGGUGACCUUUCAGCCUACCCCACAAGGUUGUUGUGGGGAUUAAAUGAGGAGAGGGGGAGCGAUGUAUGCCACCUUAAGCACCAAAGUUGGGCUAGGAAAGCAAUAAAUAAAUAAUACUUUGGUCCAUGGGGGGUGAUCUCUGUAAUUGGCUUGGGACAUAAAGGGGCAAGGCUGUUCUUAAGGUAUCCUGGGCUUUAGUUGCUCAGGACUUCGUAUGCCAGUACAAACACCUUGAACCUGGCCUGGUAGGAAAGUGGAAGCCAAUGCAGGUCUCUUAACCCUGCCUUUUCCCAUUAUCCAUCUAGCUGCAGCAAUCUGCUCUAGAUCAAGCUUUGAGAUGAGUCCCAAGGACAGCUCCCCAUAAAGCAUGUUGCAGUGAUAUAGUCUUGGGUUACUGUAUAAAUCACCUGCACAUAAUAAAAUACUUCGUUGAGCAUUUGGCUAAUGUCCCUUCACGCCAAUGUUCCUCCUUCUUAAAGCUACAUUUUAAAUCAUCCUUGUUGGUUAAAACAGGAUGGGAUGAAGCGUGGAGAAUUAAUGGAAGGGAGAAAGCCAGCUGAUGGAAAGCGAGAAGAUAGCAUUUAAUGAUGGGAGUGUGUAAGAUGCUGUCAGUGGUUUUUGAAGAUAGCUAGAGGGAAAAUUAGGUAGUCAGAGCAGUGCUUCACCUGCUGGUCCUGGUUUUUGUUUCCUCAGGAAGAGAUAUCUGAGGAUGAUGUGGACGAAAACUUCAAGAACAUGUUCCGGCAGCUUGCAGGAGAGGUAAGUACUGUGACUCAGCAUUCCUGUCAGUUUCUUCCCCCUUCAGUUGUGUGCAACGAGCAGGUAAAGUAGCACCAGUGGCUUUGACAAUGUGGAAGUGAGAAGGUGUCGAAGGAGCCUGUUCACCGUGGAAAGAGGACUUCACUUGGAUCAGAGACCUCUCUGAGGGAUGCCCCAAAGUCUCCUUCCUUCAACCUCAUCUACCUCACAGGGGUAUUGUAGAGAUAAAAUAAGGGUGACAGAGGCAUGCACAUAGAACUUGGAGAAUGGAGGAAAAGUUGAGGGGAAGCACAAUAGAUAAAUAUCAUUGAACAGAAGCAUGCUUGUGAUCUCUGGAGGAAGAUGGCAAUAGUUCAUUGGAAUAUGAAUUUGAGGCUGAAGGGCUCAUAGUCCGGACAAAUUUCCAUGACUACUUCAGUGACUUGGCCUUCCUUGAUGUUGUCCAGAACCAUCCCUUAAUACUAGGGAUGCUUGAAGAAUUUAGUUUCUGAAUUCUGAUACAAACUGAGUUUCAAAUCUGGGACUGAGUUUCAAAUCAGAAAGCAAUUGCCUUUCUGAUUUCACACUACUCUGAAUUUUGUGAUGCCAUUCUUGGCUCAAAAAACGUAUACCAAAACAUGUAAAUAAAUCUGUUUUGUACGUUUAGUAACCCAUUUAUUGAUGCAAAAUGCAUUUAAAUAUAUAUUUUGGAAUAAAAUACAUAUUUAAAUAUUAAUUUUGCUGUAGAUAAAAACAACAACACAGAAUUGCAGAUUGGUGUAGAAGCAGGGCACAGUGAACUUAUGAAUAGACAUGUAUGUGAAAUCAACAUGGAUUGUAGAUAGAGUGAUCCAUUCAUCCCUGUGCAUUUAUAGGCUGCCCGAGGUGGGAUCAGAGCCUGAGGAGUUAGGAGUGAGCUGCUUUUGGACCCCUGACAAUCUCUGAGCCAUGAAAUGCUCUUUUAAUGAUCUGCCUUCUCUCCCUUCCUCCAGGACAUGGAAAUCAGCGUCUUUGAGCUCCGAACCAUUCUGAACAGAGUCAUUGCCAGACGUAAGUGCUUCUUAUUCAGACUCCUGGCCUAUGCUGUGGAUAUCUCUGAACAUCCCAUCCAAGUGUAAUAACAGUGUGUCUCUUUCCUCCCUCGGCCAGACAAAGAUCUGAAGACGGAUGGGUUCAGCAUGGAUUCUUGCCGUAACAUGGUCAACCUGAUGGAUGUAUCCUUUCUGCUGAGAAGGGAGAAAUGGGGAGGGUUAUCUUGGUCAAAGAAAGUGGGGCAAGGAUACAAAUCUGCUCAUAGCAUAGAACUACAGGCAAAGGUAGUUUUGCGAGGGGGGGGAGUGUUAUUGUAUGAAGCUUAAUAGCCUAAACCUACUGACCAAGUUUGCACAUCACAAUAAGCUGUAGUUAAUGGUUAUCCCUGACUUCAUUUAAGUCUGCACCAGGGAUCAUGCUUCAUUUCAUUCCCCAAAACCCAAGAUUUGUGCUUAGCUUACUGAUUUGGAAACACCAAAAAGUAAGGAAUUGUGAUUUGUUUUCUCCAAGUAGAUGUGAGGAGGGAGAGAACAGCCUCUUAGAUGCUAACAUGGUUCCCUUUAGAUAUUGUACUACAGCUUCCAUCAGCUCCUGCCAGCAUGGCUUCUGGUCAGGGAUGGGAGUUGUGUAUACCAUUACCUAUGUGAAAGGAGCCCCUGUGGCCUCAUGAUGUGUUCAUCAUUUACGAAUGCAGAGUAGGACAACUUUUGAGGUAGUUGCCUCUUUAUUCCUCUUAGUUGUAGACAGGCAGUUGCUUGCAAUUGUGCAGCCUCUGUGUAUAGUUUGUCCUAGCCCUAUAGCAGGCCAGAGACUUAUUGUAACUUGCAAUUGUUCGGAUAUUGUGGGAGCCGAUCUGUGUUAGUUGAAGGUCAUGCAGAUUCUCUGGCUUAUUCAUGGUCGCACUGCUCACAGAAGUGUAUUAGGCCACUGUAUUUUGUUGCAAUUCCCCUCUUCAUACACGUGUGUAAUUAGUGUGUGUGUUGUGAGCUGUGCUUUGGAGGCAGUUGUCUGCUUACAUUAGACACUUCAAUGUGUCAAAAUCUUGGGAGCAUUCAGCCAACAAGAUAAAUGUACCAUGAGGUGGGCCUUAUUUUAUCUUUCUUUUCCAAAUAAUUUUUAUUAGUUAUCCAAAUUAAUACAGUGGUACGUCGGGUUACAAACACUUUGGGUUACAAACUCCGCUAACCCGGAAGUAGUACCUCAGGUUGAGAACUUUGCCCCAGGAUGAGAACAGAAAUCGCGCACCGGCAGCAGCAGGCGUCCCCAUUAGCGAAAGCGCACCUCAGGUUAAGAACAGUUUCGGGUUCAGAACGGACCUCUGGAACGAAUUAAGUUCGUAACCCAAGGUACCACUGUACAAACAAAACUUAAUUAAUUUAAUUUAAUACAUUUUUUAAAAAUCAGGUUUCCCGCUCCUGUUGCCAACAUAUGUCCAUCUCUUCUGUUGUUGCCACAUUCUUUUUUCUUGAAAUCCUUUUAAAAUCCUCACUAGAUGUAGAUGGGCGUUGUUUUUUCAGUACUGGAAUGAAAAAUAUGGAGAAAUAUUUUCUGUUGCUAGCCCUUUCUUGCUAAAAUAGAACACUAUCAUUAUGUAAAUUUUCUUUCCCCUCUCUUCUACUUCACUUUUCAUUUCACGUUCCCCCUCUUUAUUUUUUGGAAGUGAAAGUAUGUGUGUAUAUCUCAUUCACUCAAUAUCAUUGUGGCCUAGUGCACGAUUCCUAGCUGUGCAUACCUUUCCCUGCUAUUCUCGCUUAAAUAGAGUGUUUCAUUCUAUUGUACAGAGCAGUUCAGAAGUGCAGCCGCUCCAAGGUGGCAGACGUGUGGUACUGAUAACUGCAAAAGCAUUAGGCUGUCUUGUGUCCAACUGGAAGACAAGGGUGGGUGAGGUGAACCUGGAAUCCAGCCAACAUUAUCUCUAGGCUUCUUGUUUCUAUCUUCUGCCAUGUUGAGCAGUUAAUGAGCUUACACCUUCCUCCUCUAUUCAACUCGCUCCCCAAUACUUUGGGAUUAGAAGUCCUCCUUUUUGCACUUAAUGUCUUCCCUUGACUCUUCUGCUCUUCAGAAAGAUGGCAGUGCUCGCCUGGGCCUUGUGGAGUUUCAGAUUUUGUGGAACAAGAUUAGGACCUGGCUGGUAAGAGAAGCAGACUUGGCUUGUGUGUGUGUGUGUGUGUGUGUGUGUGUGAGAGAGAGAGAGAGAGAGAGAGAGAGAGAGAGAGAGAGAUGUGCUCAACAGAACCUUCGGUGGGAGGAAGGGGCUUAAGGAUGGCAAGAGAGUGUGUGUGGAGGAAGCAGAACCUCAGCAUCAUCUUCUUUCUCUAUCAUGACAGAAUGUCUUUCGCCAACAUGACCUGGACAAGUCAGGCACUAUGAGCUCUUAUGAGAUGCGCCUGGCUUUGGAAACAUGUGGUAAGCAUGGAAGGGGAUGUUUCCAAACACUUUGGUGGUGGGUUGCUGGGAUCCUUAUCGGCUGCAGACCCUGACAUUGUGACUUUGCUAUGUAGUCUGAAUCCAUACCAGUCUCCUACAAUAGCAUUAUUUUCUAAUCGCUAUCCAGGGCUUUUUUUUGCCGAGGUGGGGGGUAGAAUUCAUUUCUCAGAAUCUGAACACAGAACCACUAAACAAUGCCAUCUGAGGAGGAGUGAUGGUCUUUCUUCUCGGACUUCCUGUGUGGAAGCAGUUCGGGCUUUAGUUUCUAGUGCCAUACCCCUACUGGAACAGCUUUGGAUUUGGCAGCAUUCAUCAGAACUGCACGUGGGUAGAAAACAAUAUUCUGUGACUUGAGAGCUAAAAUUCUCCUUCAGCAUUCCUUUUCUUAAAAAAAAUCAGGAAGGACAUUUGGCAACAUCUGUGUGGCCAAUAUAGGCGCAAUCUUAGACCAAUACAAUCAGCCAAAGAUGGUCCUGUGCCCUAUUCUCUUCACAAGUUUUCACACUCUUACCCCACCCCCCGGGGUGCAGUGAAUAUUGAACUGUUUUUUCUGGCCUUGACUCUUAUGCUGAACCUCAUUAAGGCAGAGAAGGCCUCCGUUUCUUUCAAGCUGGUUUAACACUCCCAUUUCUACCUUUUUAGGCUUCAAACUGGACAACAAGUUGCACCAAGUGGUGGUGGCACGUUAUGCUGACGAGUCACUGGGCGUGGACUUUGAUAACUUUGUCUGUUGCUUAGUCAAGUUGGAGACGAUGUUCAGUAAGUGGUUCUGAGAAGGGAGCCAUCUCUCUGGGCAAUCUGCCCAACGGCGUGUAGGAACAUGCCUUUAGGCCUGAAGUGCACACACUUGUAUUUCUCUAUUGGUGGCAGUUGGUAUAAAACGGCUAUCCCAGACAAACUGUUCUUUUGGGGUGUAGGUAACGGCUACACAGCUAUCACUCCUUAUUAAUUUCAGCUGGGCUUCUCCUUGAGAGAAAAGAGGAGGAAGUAGCUCCCUCCAGACAGGCCGCUGCUUGUGGUAGGCCUUAGAUAAUAUCUUAGAGGUUAUCACUUUCCUCUGGUGAUGGUUAUAUGGACUCAGAGGGGACAUAACACCCCCCACACACUUGGCUUGUCAGUGUUUCUGCUGUAAUGGACAUUCUGCCAACAGUGAGGAUCAAUUUGAGCCCCUCUUGGCUUUUGAAAUGUGACGGUGUUUCGCCUAAGGAUGUAACGUAUCCUGGUUCCUGGUAUACAACAGAUUCUCAGUGUACCAACUCCUUGCCAGGUUUUGAAGGGCAAGUCUCCUUUUGACAGGGUUUAGGUAGGAACAUGAUAAAUCAGGAGCCAAGAGCCACAUAUAGUUCACCGCUCUGACAAGAAGGAUAUUUUAACUAUGGCGAACAGGCCGCCAACUGAAUGCAUCAAGAAAAAUAAACAGGCAAGGAAAUUUAUGAGUAGGCAUUUUUAAUAUUCAUUGUGCCUACAAGCCAUUGAAGAUCAAUUCAGUGCUUACUGGAUUUAGCUGAGGCCCAAUUCCAGGCAUCCGUGGACAGGCCAUUUUGGAAGGGGUGGUCUGCCUGUGGAGCUCCAUCCCUAGAUAUGUUUGUCUAGUUCCUACUUGUUUUGUAUUUAAACAUCAAUUUAAAAGGAUCUGGAUUGCUCCAGCCUUUAUUUGUAAGUUUCCUUAGGGACCACCUUGAUGAGAACAGAUGGAACAGAAGUCCUUUCAGUGACUGAUCACCUUGUGUUUUCUCUUAAAACUCUGUAGGAUUCUUCAAUAGCAUGGAUCCUGAAGGCAGUGGGAGUGCUGUGAUGAACCUCGGUGAGGUAAGAAGACUGAGGCAGGACUUGAAAGGUGACAGAAAGUGCGUUCACAAUAUUGCAGCCUUGCUGUCCCUUUCAGAGCUCCUGUCAUGCGUUAAAUGUGCGGAGGGCACUUAAUUGAUUGCAUCAAACUAUUCAUUGGAAAGGUUGGCCACUGAGAAAUUGGAAGGGAUGAGAAGGUUGACAGCAGAAGGCUAGGCGGGGAGAAGUGACAGGAAUGAAGCCAGGGAAUGAAGAGGAAUAGCCCAUGUUUUUGCCAUGUUGUGUGGAGAGAACCAUUGUGUUUUGGUGAUGGGUUGAAAAUGGAGAAUAAAGGAGGAAGAGAAGAUAAAGGUCCAAGGCCUAGUGCCUUGUUAAUUUGGUGGCAAAGUGAGGCGCUAGUCUCAGACAGCUAAUAAAUGUAGGGAGACCAUGAAGGCAGCUCCCUGGCUGUUCCUGCUGUGUCCCUUAGCUAUGCCCUUCUACUGGAAGCCUGUUCUGCAACUCCUCAUCUAGUCUAUUGUCCUCAGACGUGGUGGAGGACAGUACUAAAGUAAGAUUCAACUGCCAAUCCAGUAGAGUUCAUUGGGGAGGGUACCAUCUUGUCCUUUGCCUUGGGUAGCCAAAUAUCUUGGGCCACGCCUGAGUCAGAUUUAGGUGGUGGGGGGAGCAGUUUAUGGUCCAGUUCUUCAUCUACCUUCUGGGCCCUCACAGGUGUACUCACUCUUGCUUUCCUUCUCUCACAGUGGCUGAUGUUCACAAUGUGCGGCUAAAGAAGAGACAGGCGUUUGCUGAGACGACCCUCUUGGACUGGGCUGCCCCAAGUGCCUCCCUUUACGUUAGGCUGACUGACCUAGGAUGGCCCAUUAUCCCUAUUUCUUCCUCUUACCUCCUCAUUCCCAAGCUCAGAGCCUGCUUCCAUUUUCCCCCUCCAUGAAACAGACACAGCCGGUACCCUGUGAUUUAAGCUCCCUUACAUCACUUAUUUAGGGGGAUCAAAAGCUCUUCUAUGGGAGCUGGGCAGAGAAGGAACAGCUCUUAUCCUGCUGUGAGUGUGGCUUGUGGUAACAGCAGCACUUAGGCGAUCAGGGGGUAGUGAGAGAAGCGCAUGGGUGCAUGUUGGGCCAUUGCAUGCAGACAUUUGUGUAGCUAUACCCUUUGCCAGGAGGAGGCCUGCCUGCCUUCACAGUUAUCAAAAGGAGGCAGGGGUGCGGUUGUGCCCUCUUCUCAAAGGUUGGCCUCUCCCUACUCACUGGCAAUUUGGAUCUUGCACAGAAAUCUUGCUUGUUCUCUCGCCGCUCUGAGCAUUGCAAGAUCCCCUGCUCUGCUUUUCUCCAGUAAACUCGGUGGCAGGAUGGAAAGGGAUCUGUGUCCUUAAUUUAACUCUCAAAGAGUUUUCUGAAGUGAUGGCAUGACCUCCAGAGCUGGUGCCAGAAGGGUGGUGAAGUCAGUGUUAUUUGUCAAGACCAAUAACAGGCCCCACUGCCCACAAGUGCCACCAUUCUCGCUUUGCACAGAACAUCCAUGGAAGUUGGAGGCACAGGAACAGAGGAAACUGCCUUGGUCCAUCUAGCACAGCAUUUGUCCACUAACUGGCAGUGUGGCUCUCCAAGUAUAUCCUCACUUUUACUAGGUGAUGCUGGGGAUUGCACCUGACACUUUCUGCAUGCAAAGCAGACACUGUCUACCACUGAACUACAGCAGUUUGGCAUUAGUGGGAGAGAGUUAUCUGUUUGCACGCUAGUCUCUUCUGAGUUAAGAACUGCACUGCAGCCUCCUUGAUACUUGCAUGCACACUGGUGAAAGAAGAGGGCUUUGGAUAACUUCACAUUUCUUCAGGUACCCAAAGCAUCAGAGUUCUUGCAUCGUUAGGACCCAGUACUCAGAAUAAGUAAUUCACGCUUUUAAAGGCCAAAUUUUCAAAACAAUAAAACAUCACAGCUGUGGCAGUGCUUUCAAUAUCAUUGUUACAUGUUUGGGCAAGAACCCUUUUUAAAAAGCAAAACCAAAGCAUUCAAGAGUUGGGGAGGACCCCGCAGGCUGCCUCAAGUGUCACAUGAACUUGAUGCAGUACCCCUAAUAGGUGAAAGGAUCCAGAAGUUAAGAAUGAAGGAUUCUGGCUCCUUGCACCUGAUGGGUUAGUGACAGCUGGGAGCACCUGGUACUGCUUUCUUGCUGGAUUUGUAAGCACAGGCUUGCCUAAUCAUUACAAGCCUUGUGGAAGCACUCUGACAAUAGUUUUAAAAGCAUAUAGUAAAUACACAGAUUAGCCUAAGCAAAGGGUGAAGUCCCUUGUUCUGAGGACCGUUCCCAUGCCUGCCUUUGACUUGCUCUGUCGCCUUGGCCAAGUCCUUUUUAUGCUUUUGCUUUUCCCUUCUUCUGAGUGGAAAAAUAGAUACAAAUUCGGGAGUGUGUUGCUCUUAUAUUGCUCAUUAAUGCUAAUGGCUACAGUGUAGUUGAAUGCAGUGCUGCCUCUUUCAUUCUUAUACCUUUCCAUCAAUUUCCUGUGAUGAGGACAAAGAUCCCCACUUAAUUGCAGUUCCAGCUCUCUGCAAGCCUUCCAGCCUAGCACUGUAGGCAGCCUGAGGCAGGAUUGGUUUUCUACUGCAACGUGUUCCCAAAAUGGCUGCCUCUCUUUGGAUUUACUAGUACAGAACAACUGCCAGCCUUUGGUGCUACUUUAGCAUGGAUCAGAAUCUCCACUCCCCGUUAAAAACGUCAUUGAGAAAAGUGGGGUGUGGUAGAGUCAUAAUAUAGCAAAGCUGUAUGAGAUGGGGAAAGGGAAAAUCUUAAAAGCCACCUGAGUUAUUGCAGUUGCCUGAUUUUGAUGUCAGUUGUAAUACCUGAAGCUAGUGGUAGGGAGGUUAUUCUUUGGAUUGCACCUGUAAUAGGUAGCACUUGGCCCAAGUCAUACCUCAUGCCUGGCUCCUGAAAAGGGGUUCUGAAUUUUGUGUCCUGAGCUAAACCAGGCAGAUUAAGAAAAUGGGAGUCUGCUUUGCAUAAAUUCUGUUUCUGAGGCUGAGAUUUUGAGAGGGCUAGGAUGCCCCAGUAAGGUCAGAGGCAGAUUAAACAAAACAUGGAUGUGAGGGUUUUGUGUAUCCAUUCAGGGCUGAGGUCAAGUACUUCUGAGAGCAGAAUACAGAGGCGUGUGCUGAAGGCGUAAGGGUUAGAAGCCCUACUCUGCCACCUCCAUGUGCAGGCUUCUCCAAACACUGCCAAUGCACUCCCAAGUUAAUCUCUUCCCCAUCUCUCUUUAAAAUUUGCCAAAAGAAAACUGAAAAUGUUCUGGAGGCCAAAUUCCCAUGCUGCAUUCUUCACUUGUCUAGCCCUUAGUCAUGCUGCUUAAUUCGUCACCCAUUUGAGAAUGUAAAAUGGGAGUUUUCUGAAGGGUACAUUCAAGCCAGCUUUGCACAACCCGGGCCACUUAAUGGAAAGGAGAUGCUUAGGUGAGAUGCAGCCAAAUUGGAUUUUUCAAAAAGGAACAGUAGUGAGUUCAGAUUCUACAGCAGGCAUCCCCAAACUCGGCCCUCCAGAUGUUUUGGGACUACAACUCCCAUCAUCCCUAGCUAACAGGACCAGUGGUCAGGGAUGAUGGGAGUUGUAGUCCCAAAACAUCUGGAGGGCUGAGUUUGCCUAUGCCUGUUCUAUAGUUCUUCCAUGUACUCUCAUUCUUUCCUGUCUAUAUCAUACUCUUCACUCCCAUGAGGGCAUUUCCAGCUUCUGGGUCUUUUCUUGCCUCCGUUGUGAGGAACCCACAUGUGGCAUAUCCUCCUGCCCCAUCACCAGCCCAAACCCCUUCAUGGCCCCUGUCUAUAUCCAGGCUGCUCGUGCCCUUAGUGCUUUGUUGCAGGGACCCACAACCACCUGCUGCCUUAGAAUUCCUGCAGAACUUGGCUGCAAUUAUAACCACUUCAGCUCAGAGAGCAGAGCUGCCUCCUCAGUCUGAUUUGCGACAUAUGUGAAAUAAUAAAUAAAGAUAUAUAUAUCAAACUA